AUGACUGCGGAGAAAGAUAAUUUGAAGAAAAAACUGAACGAAAAGGAACAGGAACUAAGGAAAAUCACGGAGGACAUGGUGAAUCUGGAGGAACGAAAUGCUACACUUGUGACCGAGAAUUUCUGCCUUGCAUCAUCGGUGAAGGAGUUAGAGAUAAAAUUGAAGGAAUUAGAGCAAAUGUUGAGCCCAAAGACUCGCACCUCAACAGCAGCUCAGCAGCACAGCUCCCCACCUCCUAACUCAACAGAAGGAAAAAAUGAAUCAAAUGGAGCUGCAUCUAAGGCAGCUGAAAACACAAAAGAGAAAGAUCAAUCGCCUGUUGAGGAAGGUCAGUCCCAUGGGAUCUGCACAGUCCAAGAAUCUGCAGAAGCAGCAUCUCAAUCUUCACCUCACUGCACAGUGGCAGAAGAAACUAAAUUGACACCUCCAUCACACAAGGAGUCACAGUUCCAGAGCCCCACAGUCCACAUGCUCAUAGUGGCGGAAAUGGAACAACAAGCUGACAAGUGUCAGAUAGUGAAAAGUCCUAUAGUUGAAGAAGCAUUUCAACUUCGUACGUUGAGCAUAGAGAAAGAGAAGAAGACACCAGAGCAGAACAAAAAGGGAGAGUUAACAAUGCACCUCACAGAGCAACAUUCCGGUGAAAUGCUAGAACAGAUGGUAGCAAAACAGAAGUUGGACGAUUUACUAGAGGAUGUUCUGGAAGCAAUAAGAAAGAUGGACGCUGCAGAAAAUGCACAAAUCAAUAAAGAGCCAGAAGAGAAACAGCUACCUGCUGAGGUCGUACACUGGGAGGAGAGAAAAGUAUACAAUUUUAUGGACCAGGACACUAAGAGGAGAGUUCAGAAAUAUUGGCAAAAUGAACCAUCAGGAGUAUACUUCUGGGAUGGAAGACGGUAUGGAGCACAGGUUUCAAGACAGGAUUUAAAAGACAUAAUCAUGGAUGAACCGAUAGCAAGCAAUUGCAUCGAAUGUUAUGGAAUUCUCUUGACUGAUCAGUUGUUGGAGAAAGAAUCACAAGGCUUGGAUGUCCCAACUUUUAUGAAUCCCUUAUGCUGGGAUGAAAUGGUAGAGCUUUGGAUGACUGCAGUAAAAGAACAAGCAGAUGACAUGGUAGAACAAGGUUGCAGGAUGAAAUUUGAUGAAAAGAACAGUUCAGAAGAACAACGUACUGAAAAUGAUGGAAGUUCCAUUGACUGA